UUCGGAAUUGAAAUUGAAAACUGAACUGUCUUUCCUUUAAAUUUUCCAAACCUUGAUAAACCCUAAACCUAAGCAGUCAAGAAUCCCCCCUAUAGGCCAAUGGAAGAGAAAGAAGAAUUAUGCUCAGAGUGCAAAUCAAAUACAUGGAAAUACAAAUGUCCUUGUUGCUUUAUACGUACCUGUAGCCUUCCUUGUGUCAAAUCCCACAAGGCUAAAACUGGAUGUACUGGCAAAAGGUCGCUUACUCAUGUCGUGCCUUUGUCUAAAUUCGAUGACAACAUCCUUUUAGCAGAUUAUAAUAUGCUUGAGGAUGUUAAGAGGGUUGCUGAAUCUGCUAAAAGAAUGAGACAGGAGAUAUGUGGCUACACUCAUUUUAAGCUUCCUGAACGUCUGAAGAAUCUUCAGCGUGCUGCUAAUAGUCGUAGGACCAAAAUACUUUUCCUAUCAAACGGAAUGUCGAAGAGAGAGAAAAAUAAAACUUACUACAACAACAGGAAAAAGUUCAUAUCUUGGACAAUUGAAUGGCGUUUUCAUUUGACAGAUACUGCGUUGAUUGAUCAUGGAGUGCAUGAAAACACGAGCCUCCAGUCUGUGAUUGAGAAUCAUUUGAAACCUAGCCCUUGGAAUCAUCCACUGAGGCAAUUCUCUGAAGAGCCACUGGAUUCUCUUAAAUUUUUUAUCCAAAAGGGCACAAAAUCAUCUUUUUGCGAGUUGGAUAUAAAGGUUCCUCUGCGUCAACAACUAACCAAUAAAGUUAUCCUGGAAUACCCUGUCAUUUAUGUUUUUCUGCCGUCUCACAGCUGUAAUUUUGAAGUAAUCCGAGAUUCCGUCCCUCUUAAAGCAGAGCAAAAUGAGACUGUUUGUGAUAGCCCAAGCCCCAAAGGAAUGAUGUUCAAGGAAGAGGAUAUAGAAGAUGGUGGAUCUUUAGACCCACACGUUUCAGAUCUCUUAAAUGUCGCUUCUUCCAAUAAGGAAGAGACUAACAACUUGGACCAAGAUAUAUGUGAUGAUCUUGAUCUGGUUUAUUCAUAUAUGAAAGAAAAUGAUCUUUGGCUAAAAGAGGAUUGUGGAUAUUUGAGUGAUGUUUUAGCUGUGGAUGAAGAACCGGAGGAAGGAGAGAUAGAAUUCAAGUCAUCUACGGAAGAAAUGGAGUCUAACAAGUCUGUGUUAACAACGAGCCAAGCUGCCAGAUCAUUUGUAAGUGGACGUUUGGAUGUAGAUGACAAAGAUAUAUGUGAUGAUACAAAUCUGUUUCCUUCAUCUAUGAAAGAAAAGGUUCUGGGAGAAAAAGAGGACUGUACAUAUUUGAGUGAAGUUUUACAUGUGGACGAAGAGUUGGAGGAAGGAGAGAUAGCUUGACUUUUUCUUUCCUGGAUCCUCACUUUAAUUGUACUUGAAUGCAGUAAGAAUCGAUAAGAAUCGAGUCAUAUUGUCAUGAUACUCUGGUGUUCAUUCUCAUUCUCACAAAACUCUGGUGCUAGUGGUACAAACCAGACUUGGCUUGUCAAGUGAAUAGAGUAAAUAGCAGAAUUUCUGAACUAUUGGGUCUUGAAGAAAUCAUCACUUCUGAACUGGUGAGAAGCAUCAUAACCAUAUUCUGAGGGUCGCUGCCCUAUUCUUUAAAAUGUGAGGGAUACAGCAGAUGGUGGUCGUCGAUGAAAUUUUAUUUCUUAUGGAGCUGUUUCUACGAUGAGAAGGUUGUAAACGAGAUCAGUCACAUUGCAGAAUUGGGUAGGUGUUCAAUUUUCCAGUUCUAGCCGGUGUUUGCAGUAAUAUGUACUCCCUUUGUUCACUUGUACUUGUUUACUACACUAAAAAUAGGUUUUCACUUUUACUUGUAACAUUUAGCAUACCAGAAGAAAAAAAUAUAUGUUUUUCUUCAUGUUUU